AUGGAGAAACAUGCAAGUGAACACAAAGUGCCGUCAGCUAUUGGUAAUUUCUUGUCAAAGAUUAGUUCAGUACGGCAUCGUAGCAAAAGUGCAAGAAAUUCAUCACUGUAUUCGCUACAAGAUACCACUUCCCAGUCUUGUAAUAAUCAUUCUUCUGCUGUCAAUGUAACAAGUGAAAUUUUGAGUGACGAUGGAAAAUCAAUUACGUCUUUGUCAGCAAAACCAAGACGGCAUUCAUCGCCAUUUGUUCGCAUAAUUCAUCGGAUGUCGAUGAAUCGCAAAACUCGUAAUAUAUCCGUAACCAAUCACGAAGUGCACAAUCCCUCGAAACUUAAUCAAAACAAACUGAGUUCUGGAACUGUUCAUUCUGUGUCUUCCCCAUCAGCGGCACAUUCUUGUGAAACAGAUAUGUUAUCAAGACCAGCAGUAUCAGAAAGUGAUUUACGACUUUUGACGCUUUCCAAAGAUCAGGAAAUGGACAAAAGUUUAACUGCGUUAUCCAUCAACACAAGAGACGUUUAUUCGGAAAAUAAUUUAAGUGCAAUCACUCGUGUGCCAUCUUAUCUUCGUAUUAGUUGUGCUUUGAAUGGUUAUCAUCAUCCAUACCGUCGUCUUGAUGAUUCUUAUAGAUUGGUAAAUAGCACGCCGGCAAAGCUGCCAAUGAGUAUGGUUGAGACUCGUAGAUUACUCUUUAGUGGUGAAAAUCAUCAUGAUAAUCAAAAUAAGUUUGUUUUAUUUUUCAUUAUCUUCAAUUGUUUCUUGUAA